GUGGACGGCGCCAUGGGCAGUCCUGGCCGCUCUCGGCCCCGACCCCAACCCCGGCCACGCACACCCGCCCUGGGAGCUCGAGCCGAACCCAGGUCAGCGCCGCCAAGGACCCUACGCUUGCUUAACCGGACCCACGCUCCCGCCCUCUGCGCUUGCACACCCAGACGGCGCCCCCCCCGUCCUUCGGGCUGCGCAUGCGCGCGCCCCGCCCACACUAGUGCCAGCGCAGCCUCCCUUGAGGUUGCCUCGCUCUGCGGAUUGUGCUUCCGGUGCGAAGGUCACGGACAAGAUGGUGCCGCCGGUGCAGGUGUCCCCGCUCAUCAAGCUCGGCCGCUACUCGGCACUGUUCCUCGGCGUGGCCUAUGGAGCCAAGCGACACAGUUACCUGAAGCCGCGCGCGGAGGAGGAGAGGAGGGUAGCUGCGGAAGAGAAGAAAAAGCAGGACGAACUGAAGCGCAUCGCGAGGGAGCUGGCCGAAGAUGAAAGCAUCCUGAAGUGAGAAAGGGUCAUCUGGAGCCUCAGGAACCAAUAAAGCUCCGACACCUGGAACCUGCUCCUGAAUAAAGAUCGGACAC